AUGGCCUCUAUUCGCGUUCUUUCCUUCGAUGCUGAGGGCCGUCCCGUGCAGUUCACUUCCUGGCUCGACGACCUGCAGUUGUAUCUUAUGAGCAAUAGCACGGACCACAUCUCCCUCUAUGACUACGCGUCUGGUGCUGCCGCUGCUCCUGCUGCCACAGCCGAGCUUAGUGUACGUUCACAGUGGCAGACUCGUGACGCUGCAGCUCGCCUGGCUAUUCGCAGUCACCUGCCGUUAGCUGAGCUAGAGCACUUUGGCGACUGCAAAACCGCUAAAGCCCUAUAUGACGCUGUCGUUGCUCGCUACUCCUCACCUGCCACAGCCGAGCUUAGCCGUCUCAUGCUGCCUUACCUGUUCCCUGACCUGUCCGCCUUUGCUACAGUCGCCGAUCUUAUCACCCACCUUCGCACUAGUGAUGCUCGCCUGCUCACCCGUCUCCCUGACACCCUCAGCUCAGUGCGCGACUAUUUCCUUGCUCGCUGUCCCACUGAGCUCACGAGAAGAGGAGCCCUCCUAGAGGAGAAGCUGCUAGCAGCCGAGAAGAGCAUUGUAGCUGUAGGUGCUGCUCGCGGCGCUCCUCGCACCCCCAUCUUUGAGGGGUGCUCUCCCUCUCCCCUCGCUCCCUCCUAUGCUACUGCUGCUGCUGUUGACUUCCUUGGUGCUGAGUCUGCUGGCGCUGCUUCUGCUCCUGGUGGGAGGCGCCGCACCGGCAAGGGCAAGGGGGGCAAGGGUGGCGGGGGUGGCGCUGGGGGGGGAGGGGGUGGGGGAGGUGGGGGGGGAGGCGGUGCUGGAGGGAGCGGUGGCGGGAGUGCCGGUGGGAGUGGGGCCGGCGGCGGAGGCGGGGGCGGCGGCGGGAGCAGUGGCGGUGGUGGCAGCGGCGGCAGUGGCGGCGGUGGCGGUAGUGGCGGUGGCGGUGGCGGUGGUGGCGGUCGGAGCGGAGGUAGUGGCGGCGGUGGAGGUCGGAGUGGAGGCACCGGCUCGGGCCAGAGCUCCCAGCAGCAGCAGCGUCCCCAGACGACCCAGCAGCUUCGUGAGUGGCUUGCUCAGCGUGGGACGUCGGGGGGCAGUGGCCGCUGUUCCUAUGUCAUUCGCACAGGUGAUCGCAAGGGGCAGACGUGUGGAAAGUUCCACACUCAGUACCGCUGCUUCUUCCGCCUUGACGACGCUUGGCGUGAGGAGAUGGGCGAGGAUGUUGAGCGCCCUCGCUGGGCUGAGCUGAUGAGGGCUGGUGUUGAUAUCUUUGCUCUUGACUAUGAUGCCAUUAUUGCUGCCAUGUAUGCAUUGACUGUUAGUGCCGAGGGAGACUGUUACUUGUGUGUGCCGCCUGACCCAGGUAUAGGGCCCGCUGCCCUAGGUACUAGUGAGUCUGCUCUCUCUGGUAUGGUGCCCCCUGUACCUGCUCCCUCCAGCACUGUCCCUGCUGCUUGCGAGUCUGCUCUCUCAGGUACAGCACCCACAGAGACUGCUCUCUCAGGUACUGCACCGGCUGAGACCUGUCACACCUUCACCCUUGACUCAGGUGCUUCCCGCUGCUUCUUUCGAGACAGUACUGAGCUCACACCGCUUCCUGCACCGGUCCCAGUCGAUCUGCUAUGA